CAACAACGGCAUCAAUUCACCACUUGCAAUCUCAGAGUGCAAACGUGUUCUAACCAACCCAAAACCAACCAACCCAACCCAACCAAAUCAACCAUGAAGUCCUUCAUUGCUCUGUUCGUCGUCCUGGCCAUCGCCGCCGUCUACGGUGCCGAGUCGGAGUCGAAGGUGACGGAGAAGCGUGGCAUCUACAGCGGUCUCGGCUACGGCUACAACGGUUACCCCGGUCUGGCCGGCCACGGCUACUACGGCGGUGUCGGCGCUCUCGGAUACGGCCACGGACUGGGCUACGGAUCGCAGCUGGGCUACUACGGAUCGUACCCGGGAUACGGAUACGGUUCGCACGCCGGUUACCUGGGCGGCUACUCCGGCUACUCGGGCUACCCGUACGGUCUGGGCUACGGACUCCACUAAGCGUCCUUUACGUACUCCCCUCAUCGAUCCACCCGUUCGUGCGCCGUGGUGCAGUGAAGUUUCCUCAAAACGUGUGUAGUGAGUGACUGUGUGCGUGUGUGUGUGUGGGUGUGUCGUGAGAAUAAUUCGAUCGGUCAGUGCGAUCGCGACUUGCGCCAUGUUCCUCAAGCUGCUCUGCAAUGCCGCCGAAGAUGCACGUCACUGUGUCCUGUACCGGAGGGGGUGCACCGAACGGUAGGCGCUCGAUCGAGGAUUCGAUGUUCCACCAGGAGAGUACACUUCCACCCGUUCCAGGGAGCCAACCCUCGGAUGGGUGAAGUUUUCGGUUCCAACACUAAAUUCUUCUCUCGACCAACUUCCAUGGACGAAUGCUGUGAAUACUUUCGAAAGUAUACGACUACUUUACUAUACUUGAAUUUUUGCCUACUACUGUGUUAUUACGACUACUCUUUCUUUUUUUUUUACUUUAGUCUGUAGCAUUUGUACAGUACAAUAAAGAAGAAAAAAACUUUUAC